GACUCCAGUGCUGCCUACUCCCCCAAUGUAGCAGCUAUUUUAGCCUCCAUGCUAUCUACUUUUACCUACAAGUGUCCUAUCCUUCCACCUUUUCCUAGCUCGAGAUCUGGAAAGGAUUAAAUGACGGAAUCAGACCCGGUUACAUGGUCCUACUACCCACCAAGGUCCGAUUCGCUCAUCAGGCCUCACAAAAUCCCCCAACUGGUUGGGCCUCGUGCUGGUGGCAAUCCUUGGGUCUAAAUGCGAGGAGAAACCCAUGGUUGAAGGUUCACGAUGACCCUUUGCUGGCGGAAAGAAGGCCAACAGUUGCCCCACGGUGACAUCAUUCCCUAUCUCUUCGGUUGGACAUGAAAUUAUCUCGCUCGCUCGCACUCUCUUUCCCCCCCAUCCCUCCCUUUCGCUCUUCGUCCUUAGUGCUGGACCUACUUGUGUGGUGGGUUUCUUGGGGGUUCUUCAUUGUUGAUUUCAAUAACAGUGGUGGUCAUUGGAUCAUGUUCCCUUGUUUCCACUUUUCCUGCUCUUGUGAUUGUCCUUCAAUGGCCGCCCAAGUAACUCUCACGCUCAAAGAGAGACUAGGGAGAGAGACACCUAACUUACUCCCCUGGUCUUAUUGGACACUUGAUCUGGCUGACACAGAGGCAUCUCGGGACACAAGGAACAGGUUUCCGCGGCUGAAUUCAUCCCAAAGUCUACCGUGAAGGGCAAUAGCCAAGAUGACACAAAAUACGGAAGCAAUCUUGACUCUUGAGAGACACAAAUGCGGUGUUGCUAUAGGGCCAGGUUUCAUGGACAAGAUGGCCAAGGCAGGGUUUGACUUCUUGCCGAGCUACCGCUAUUGGCUCAGCCUUGGAGAUGGCCGAAAACGCACCUCGGAUACUUUUGGGGGGAGGGGGGGCUGGGCUGGUUAUGAUGUUGAUCUCGGUUAA